UACCCCUGACUCGGACCCCCCCUUGGUGAAAUGAACGUGACCUGUGUUUGACAACUCGGUGGUGCGUUAUGUCCAGGCCGAGGGUCCCGUGCGUCGCUGAUCACGCGUAACCGUGCACGACUGAGGAUCCGCGGAGUUUGAUGUUCUCCUUUUGCGUGCACUAAUGAGAGGAGCACGAUGUUGAGGUACAUUCUUCCCGUCGCGAUAAUCGUUAUCGCCUGCCUGUCGCAGCUGUCCGAGGCGCAGUACGACGACAAGAGAUGCAAGUGCAUCUGCCCGAGCCUCUCGUCUGUCAUCAACACGACGCAGUCGUCCAUGGAGCGUCUCACGUACAUCAUAAACGUUCCACCGUUGCAAUGCAAGUGCGAGAACGUCGUCCUGCCGAAGGUUGGCGAACAGAUAAAGGGCAAGGAGGAGGUGUUUUGCUCUCGAUGCGACUGCAAAUAUGAGAACAGGAACACGACUAUUAUUAAGAUCGUGGUGAUAAUAGUUAUAUGGGUUAUCUCGUUGUUAGUAAUUUAUAUGUUAUUCCUAAUUUGCCUGGACCCGUUGCUUAACAAACGGAUACACAAGGCGUCGGCAAACAUUGGUUAUCACGAGCAUAAUAACGAGGAGGACGACUCGUCUCUUGCGCCCGGAACGUCUCAUCCGAUGGGGGAGAGGGGUAACGUUUUGAAUCGCGUCGGACACCAGCAGGACAAGUGGAAACGACAGGUCCGGGAGCAGAGGCGGAAUAUUUACGAUCGUCACACCAUGCUGAACUAAGCUGCACGUUUUGUUCCCCUCCCUCCCCUAAGUAUGUAAAAAAAAUAUCAAAGACACGGAAUACUUCUAGUUGCGACGACGAAUUUGUUCGAUCCUUUCGGAGCAAGCCUCCCGCGAAUAGUUUGUAUCGAUAAAGUAUAAUAUAUUGCAGUAAUAAAGUAACAUUAAGCGCCAGCGACUGUAUCUUCGCGAUUAUUUAUUUUCGUAAAAUUCUAUCCGACGGAGUACGGCUGAUGUUGAGCGAAAAUUAUAUAUUCGGAGAUUUUACAAUUUUUUCUGUGAUUAUAGUGCAAUUGAAUAAUAAAGUAUUAAGCAUACAUUA